GUUGAACGAUAGGCCCACAACACAGCAUCAAGCCUUAUGCAAGAAACGGUUGCGGGACGUGUCAGUGUAAAUGCACUUUUAAGGAUCCACCGACGCACUAAUGUACUGGUGUGAAGUAGUGAAGAUACAAAUGUGUUAAAGAUAGCUAGGUGAAUGAAAUAAAGUAUAACUGUGGUCUAUUUUGAGGUCAGUUCUCGAUGAAUGACUUAGUGUGUUGGGUGUUUUAGUUCAUCUCCUUGUAUAGGCUAUAGGCUUACUGAACAUGGUAGAUUGUGGCAAUGGUGGGGAAACGACUGCCUUAUCAUAAAUUGAAGCGCAUGACGGGGGCUGUCCUUCACGCGGACACUUGGGCAACCAGCACUCUAUCUCUGCCCCUCUCUCGCCCUCCCUCUCUCUCCAACGUAAGCUUUAACUUGCGCCUCACAGUGUUCCGAAUAUAAGUAGUGUGCGCUCUGGGUAGGAGCCUCCGUGAGACAGAGAGAGAGAGAGAGAGAGAAAGAGAGAGAUAGAGGCAGAGUGCAGGACCGGGAGCUGCUCUAAAUAAUGAGAAGCUUGAUUUGCGACCAGUCGGAUAUCCAUUGUGCGCCUGAUGUAGAACACGUUGGGAGAUGGCAGAGCUUUUGAAUUGAUCUUCAAUGUAUAUCCAGACAACACAAUAUAACAAGGAAUAUCUACGUUGGGUUCACCUCUCGACAAGAACGUGAAAGUCCACGCAGCCAGGUUUUUUCUUUUUUCAUAAUUUUGCUAUUGGAGAGCAGAGUCCCAUCAAGAUAAGUAUAAUAUCCCCUGGAUAUACUACGCAUACGACGACCACAGAGUUUAAUUUUUUCAGGAAAAACUAAUACUUACUAGUUGGGAAUUGAGUUCAAAAUGCUUCCACAUUCGACAGGCUUUGAGAUGGGCUUUCAAGGCAUGUUUGAGGACUUAAUUCGGUUGUCUCCAAGGCAUAUCUUACUGGCGACACUGACUCUCCUAGCUGCUUAUCACCUGUGGCUUUUGAUGCAGAAAUGGCUCAGCACCGUAGCUCUGCCGGGACCUUUCCCGUGGCCGAUUGUCGGUAAUGCGCCCCAGUUGGGCAGCGCCCCUCACCUGUCCUUCACCCGCAUGGCGCAGAUUUACGGCAAUAUUUUCCAAAUUAAGCUCGGAAGCCGCACCGUUGUAGUACUCAACGGCGACGCGAUCAAGGAAGCUCUCGUUAGGAAGGGGGUAGACUUCGCGGGAAGACCUGACUUCACAUCCUUCCAGUUCGUUUCUGACGGCAGGAGCAUGGCUUUUGGAGAUUAUAACGAUUGGUGGAAGGUGCACAGACGAGUGGCACAAUCUACUGUGCGCGCUUUCUCCACCGGGAACAUAGAGACUAAGAAGGCAUAUGAAAACCACGCCAUUAACGAGAUACAGGAAUUGCUCAGGAUUUUUCUGAAGAAAACCACCGAGGAGGGUUAUUUUGUGCCACAUCAAUAUUUAGUAACAUCUACGGCGAACAUCAUGAGUGCAGUAUGCUUCGGCGAAAGGUAUGCAUAUGAUGACAUAGAGUUCCAACAGGUGGUGGGACGCAAUGACAAGUUUACUAGGACUGUCGGGGCUGGAAGCAUGGUGGACGUGAUGCCCUGGCUACAGUACUUUCCCAAUCCAAUAAAAACUCUUUUUGAACAAUUCAGAGAACUAAAUUCAGAAUUUUAUGGAUUCAUCUUGGGGAAAGUUAUAGAGCAUCGUAAAUCUAUAGAACCUGGCAUCAUCCGUGACAUGACCGAUGCCUGCAUUCAGGCACUGGACAAGGACAUCAGCGACUCCCCGGGGGUGGACCAGCACAAGGAUUAUGUGAGCCCAACUAUUAGUGAUAUCUUCGGGGCAAGCCAAGACACGCUUUCUACUUCAUUACAAUGGAUUAUUUUAAUACUCAUGAGGUAUCCGGAGAUCCAGAAGCGCUUGCAAGAUGAAGUGGCCCAGGUGGUCCAUCACUCACUGUUGCCCACCAUUGAGGAUCAAGCCCGACUGCCUUAUGUGAUGGCCUUCAUCUAUGAGGUGAUGCGCUUCUCCAGUUUCAUCCCCCUCACCAUCCCCCACAGCACCACGUCAGACACGUCCAUCAAUGGCUACCACAUCCCCAAGAACACAGUCGUCUUCGUCAACCAGUGGUCCUGCAACCAUGACCCGGGCAAAUGGACACAGCCUGAGGUGUUCGACCCCCUGCGCUUCCUGGACAAGGACGGUGCUCUGGACAAGGACCAAACGACCAACGUCCUGAUCUUCUCUGUGGGCAAGCGGCGCUGCAUCGGCGAGGAUCUGUCCAAGAUGCAGCUCUUCCUGUUUACAGCCACAAUGGUACACAAGUGUGAGUUCAAACCCGACCCGAGUGUCCCCUUAACGAUGGACUGUAGUUACGGCUUGACUUUGAAGCCCCACUCGUACCGAAUGGCCAUCUCCCUUCGGGACCACCUGAACAGUGUGGAACUCCCACAGGCCAACCUAGCCGCAGAAAACAACUGAACAACAACAAAAAUAAAUUCUAUGUAAAAGAAAUGAAGGUUGUUUACAACAGGCUGACAAGGAACACAUACACAUGUGAGAACACUCCGAUAUGCCCCAAGCCUGUUUUUAAUGAUAUGAGCACAAAUGGAUAGACAUUAAGACACUUUUCUAUGUAUUUCCAUAUCCAUAACAGCGCCAUUUCAAUGAAGGACUGUAAUAGAGAUGCCCUUAAUGGAUGUUUCAAAAGCAUAUUUUCUGGUGUCAAGAGGACUUGGAAGACUCAUCUAGACAAUCCGGGGUUCAGAGAGCUCACACUUGACUUCACCUAAACUUUUUGAGGCAUUUUGAGGGUUUUGAUUUGGUUAAAGAUCCCAACUCACUAUACUAUGCUGUCAAUAAGCUGUUAUGCUUCAAGACCAUCACAUUUUAAAUGGAAAAAAGAAUGUAUAGGAUAUACUGUAAUGUAUAGCAUACUGUAUUGCUAAAGCAACUGAUUGGUUUCAAUUCAGAUGACACUAGACUUAUUUAGCUAAGUAUGCAUAUCUUCAGCCUUAAUUGAUUUGUUUAGUUAGGCACAGACAUUUAAUAUCUGUAAUAUACUACUAUAGAUAUAAUGUCAAUGUGCUUUUGAGAGUGUAAGACAAUCAACCAUAUUUUCUUUCUCUCCCAAUCACCAGUGCUCAUCUAGGAAAAUGUAUAGAUAGGCUGUCUCAGGGUUUAAUAAAUACAUAUGUAUAUUCAGAGCUGAACGGUUUUAGACCUACAUUCUGCUACGGCAGUUAUCGAAUUGUAAUAGGCAAUUGAUCUAUGUUAGAUCUGUAUGUUUUCUAUAUUUAACACAGAUAAAUCAUGGAAAUAUCUCUGGAUCAUAUCAAAUUAUAUAAUAUAUAUAAAAACAUUUUGAUACUGUGUUUGUAACUAAAUGCAAACUAUAAUUUGUACUAUAAGCUUGACCAACCAUAUCGCUGCUCUUUUUUGUCCUGCACUGUACGAUUCAAACUGGUUAGUUAUCUCACAUUUUCUCUUGUCUUAUAAAAAUUAUGUUGACGGCACCAGAGUUCUUGCUAAUACUACUCCCUAAUAUUUAUAUAUUUUUUGCAAUGAAAUGAGACAUGUAAUAAAUUUGCAGCUAAACAUGA